AUGAAGCGAGCCAUAUCUGCUCUCUGGGCGCGCCACGCCGUCCGCCAAGCCUACCUCUACACCACCUCCACCGCCGCCACGUCCUCGUCGCCUGAGGUGGGGGCGUCCGCGUCAGAGGCGUGGGACGGGCGUUUUCGGCUCCACAAGCCGCGCGGGCAGCACCUGCUCACCAACCCGCUCAUCGUCGACGCCAUCGCGCGCCGUGUCGCCAUUAGUCCGGGUGACGCCGUCCUCGAGGUCGGCCUCGGCACAGGCAACCUCACCGCGCGCCUCCUCGCAUCCCACGCGGCGCGCGUCGCGGCCGUCGAGAUCGACCCGCGCAUGGUCGAGGCCGUCAGCUCACGGUCCGCCCACACGCCCGCCACUCUCGGCCUCGAGGACAAGCUCAUGGUGAUCGCGGGUGAUGCCGUCGAGGUAGAGUUCCCGGAGUUCGACAAGGAGUUCGCGCGGCGGCUCGUGGCCACGCCAGGCGACGGGGAGUACAACCGGCUGGCGGCCAACGUGCGCCUGGUCGCCGACGUGAGGCUGCUCAUGGACGUGAGCAAGAGGGACUUUGUGCCCAUGCCCCGGGUGGACUCAUCCCUCAUCGAGAUCCGGCCACGGGGUUGA